CACCUCCUAAAUAUGUUCGUCGCUAUGAUCACAGUAAGUAUAUAUCUAAGGCUUAUAUAUGUGGCUAAUGUGGAUUAAAAGAUGUAUUUGCUGUUUGAAUCAUUUAAUUCAUUUAAACAUACACUGCAUUACAUGUACAUUCAAGCAUCCUGUAACUUUAUUGGAAUCACAUGUUACACUAGUAGGCAAGCGAAUGAAGAUGAGAUCAAGAUUGGAGUACCUCGCAUUUACAAGUAUAUGUGUGACAUGUGUGAUCAUUACCAUAGUUGCUAUAGUAAGGUUCGAUGUUGAUACAAGCUCGGUUUUCGCAUUGAUAGAUGGACGUCGAUUCCAUUAUGGUGAGUUACGUCCGUAUGGGGAAGGAAAUGAGGCGAUUGACCGUCAAAACAAAUCUGGUCUACACAUACAUGUAUUUGAACGUGAUACGACGAUUGGCAACAGGUUUAAUUAUGGCUAUAAGAAAACAAAUAGCAUAGUUAACGAUUUCAAAGAUCGAACUGGUGCACAAAUAAAUAACCAGUCUUCGACCUAUCGGGAUAAUUAUCGGAAAACUCACAUCGAGGCGAAUUACAAUAAAGUUAAACAGCAUUUCAUAGUUGUAACACAGCCUCGUUGUGGUUCAAACUUGAUGGAUUCAUAUCUCAACCAGCACCCACUGGUGACGUGUUACAAUGAACUCAUCAUGCAACCAAUACUCAGCCAGUUCAAUCUAUCCAAUAAAUCAUCCAGGUCACAGCUAUUGAACUAUGUUGGAGACAUCAUAGGUUUUGCCAGUACUACUGAACCUAGAACAAAUUCCCGAACAGAUUUCCCUGGCUCCACCAGUGCCACAAAAACAAGGUUUGGUACUAAUGCUGGUUUAUCAAGCAUGAUUUCAACAGGAUUCAAAGUGCAUUUAAGUCAGAUGAUCAAAUUUAACAUCACCAUGGAAUCUUUUCUAAGAAAACUGAAGAGGCCAAAGUUAAUAUUACUCUACAGGAAGAACUUGUUAGAACAGUACGUCAGCUGGCAGAUAGCGGCCGAAACCAGACUCUGGUGGUCUACAGAUAUACAAAACACAAUCUCGCACAAACUCAGAUUAAAUCAAUUCGAGCACUUUAUACUUACAGAGAGAAUUCUCUGGCUUAAGUUAAUGAAAUUACUGAGGAGAAAUCGGUAUAUUCGGGGCAACGAUUACAUUCUUGUUAGCUAUGAAGAUUUGGUUGUUGAUAAUAGCAAAACGAUGAAUGGUGUGUUUAAAAUGCUUGGAUACAGAGAAGAAAGAAGACAUCUAUUCACAUGGUUGCUGAAGCAAAACCCAAUGUCAUUAAGCAAGAAGAUAUCUAACUAUGUCGAAAUUAAACCCCAUUUGGAACGAUUAGAUUAUACAUUGCAUGUCAAAACACAACUCCCAUCUAAUUUUGCAGUUAACGUGUAUUCUCGUUAAAGAAACAUUUUGAGAUAUCAGACCUGUAAAGUGUCAUUAUCUUAAGAUUAAUAAACGUGGGAGAUAAACAAUACAAGGGUUAAUACAAAAUGACGGCAUCAUUUUGUAUCAAUUUAGCAUUUAUAUUUGAUAAUUGUUUUUUAAAGUGUAAAACAUCCUGAUUGUAAGUUAGGUGACAACAGUCCAACAUGCCUAGUUUACGCAACUUAGGUAAACAAUUAGAGAAAUUAUUGAUACGAUCCAUUAGUAUUUAGGGUAAUAUUUCAAGCUGAAUAAUGAUGAGUACAAGUUAUGAAGUGUUAACGUAUGAAGCAACCAUGGCAGCAUAUGUUAUAUAAUAAUACAUAUAUGAUAUAUGAGAGUUCAAUGUUUGACCUCCGGAGGUUGGUGGGCACGUGGUCGUUGGUUGGGGUGCCGUUUUAUUAUAAACUCCAUCAAGAUAUCGUUUCAUAGUUAAUGGAAAAUCGGUAAACAUGCCAUCUAUACCAACUGAAAGGAGUUUCUCGUAUUCUUGAUACGGAUCUUGACCAUAAUCCCAUAACAAGAAACGAUCUUCGUUUCUGAGUGUAUACGUGUGUACCUUCAGUCCAUGCGCAUGCGCUCGGGCCACCAAGUUACUUACUCCACCUAUCGGCUGUUUGCUGCCACCUAAAGGGUCUUUCCCAUACACUAUUAGGGAUUUGGAGGGCCCUAUACCGUACAUAUACGUGGACCAUUCCCUCAGCUCCCCAUCCGUAGCAUUAAAGGCUGCUAACAGGAGCACGAGUGGGACUUUAGUUCUGUUGGCCAAAUAUUCUAUACUGUCUAAACUAAAAGAUUGUAGAAACACGGGGGAAUUUUUUUCAGUAUAUCCAUUCCUUUCCAACUCGUCAACUAAGAGGUCCUCAAAUGUUGUAUUCGCAUUCUCAACAAUAUCUAAACUGUUAACCCAAUCUGGAUCUUUGGUUUCUACAUGGAUGGCGAUCACCCUGGAUGCGUUUUUGCUGACGUCUAUCAUUUCCUGCAGUGUUGGUAUUGGAAAUUGCAAGUCAAAAUUUUUGUCCCGGUAUGAACGUUGUUGCUUCUUUCUAAGCGUUUUCAGUUCGUUCAAUGUAAAGUCAACGGAGAACCAGUUAUCAACUACAUGUGUCAGGCCAACCAAUCUCGUUGUCUGCAAUAAAGGAGAUUAAAAAUUGUUUAAACCAUGAAUACUUAUUUUCUGAUUGU